CGUAACGUUGUAUCGUCCCGUGGCUGUGGAGUUUACCUUACCCAGUGUAACAGUAGUACGCGAUUAUCGAAACCCGCGUUUAGUACAUCGUUCCGGGCGCCUUUCAAGCCUUCACUUUCGCCAGCUUUUUUGUGCUAUCCACACAACACACUCAUACAAGGUCUGUCGUGCGGUGUAACGUCAGUAUCCGGUAGCAUUCGCACUCGUGACGUUGUUGUUGCGUGGUAAAGUGUUGUACAGGCGGGUGGUGAAAGCGACAGGUACAACGGCGCUCCGGCGACGACACCACACAACAACAACAAAAACCCUACGCACAGGGUGAAGGUCACUGGAGCACGGUUACGUACGGGAACCUGGCCAAGCUGCGUCCACGUUUGCAACCGAUCAACCAACCACCCGUCGCUGCGGUCCAAAAUACCCUCCCAAACAACUGCCGUACAGUAUGGCGCACCAUCAAACCGGCCGUGCACUGCUUAUCCUGUUUACCUUCCAGCUCUACAUCGCAUCGCUUUACGCCAUCCCUCAAACGUUCGGGCCGCUGAUACGCGAACGUCCCAACCGCGAUCGUAAGCAAUCGUCCGAGGAAGAUUUAAACAGGAACAUCGAGCGCAUCUAUAUUAAAGAUUAUAAAACGACUACCCCGUCCAAAGAGCUGACCACGGAUGAGGUGGAACCCUCCCCAACGGAGCUCGUUGCACGUUCGCACGCCUCCACGCGUACUAAGACACCGAUUGAACCCAACGAUAAGAAAGCGAUGUUGUACGUGUACCGCGACGAACACGGAAAGCUGGUGCCAGUAAUAACAAAUCUUGAACCGACAGCUACCACACCUCAAACUACAAGCUAUUCCGAACCGCCAACGUCCAACGAAAACGCUGGCAUGCUCGUGCUGAAAAUCGAUACAUCGAGUAACACAACGAUCCCGGAAACGCAUGAUCCAAUCUUCGCGAAUGGAUCCUACCCGGACGAUUAUCCUUUUAAAAUGAUUCAGAACAUCAUCAGUGAGCAUGGGGACAACUAUGAGCAUUGGUUUGAGAACGAAAUCAAGCGAGACCCACUAGCGACGCGAGCGAACAGUGAAGCGGAUAAAUUUCUCUGCAACUCGGACGCGCACACCGAAUAUCCUACGUACAGUGCGAAAGAUAAACGGCACAUCAUUAACGUGAAGGGCUUCUACCAGCCAGUGGUGUAUGAGACUUGCACAGGCGCCGAUAAAGAGUGCAGUAAAAGUAGCACCUCUGGUAAUUACAAGCUGGUCUGCUUGCAGACAUACAGAGACUACAAAAUGUUUGUCGCCCCCUUAGAUGCCAGCAGUAACAAGUUUGAUUUUAUAGACGUCAGGUAUCCUGCCUGCUGCAAGUGUGCUCAGAUCGAAAGGAAGACCCCAUGAACAGCAUCACCAUUACAGUAACCGUAGAUCAGAAACCGUACUCGAUCGUCCAAUUCGAGAUCAAUUGUUUUUAUUUAAUCCACUCCCAAUUUGCCAUAUCCCUAGACGUGCGCGUACCUAUAUGUGCUAUAUCGAUAUUUAUGUAUAACACGGCGCUAAACCGAAUGCGAACGGUACGACACAACGUACCAACGGACGGUUUGAACCCUCGAUUUGCUCGAUUUGCUUUGGUGUGAUUUGUGUUUAGGUUUUCUUUAAUGGUUUUAUUUUGUUGUUACUGUUUAAUAAUACAACCCUCUAAGCGCAGUUCGUGUGUAACAGUGUAACAAAACAACAUACGAGUGCUCUCAACAGAUUCGCAUCCGCUUUUGCUUUUGCGCUUCGUCAAACUAAACUCGUUACAGGACGGUGCUUCUUGAUGCCUGUGUGGGUAGCGGUAGGGUAUCCAGGAUGCCGCCAGCGCACAGAAUGUACCAGCAAAUACCCACCCGUUCCACUCUCUUCCAGAUUAGCAUUUAGCGGCACCGCUUGCGAUUCAAUGUUCGUGUAUAAUUUUAGUGCAAGCCAAAAAUAUAGUAAACCCAUUCUUGUCUAGUAGGC